AUGUCCUCGAAACGAAAAUGGGAUCAGCCAGGACCGGCAGCAGCAGAAGGUGGCGGCGCUCCUGAAGAGACAAAGACUGCGCGGCAGCCUAUCGCUGCCAAAAUCGCCGCGCAGUUCGCAGAGGGUCUUGCCAAGGACGCUCAUGAAGCCGACUACUCGAAAGAUAUUGACAUUAACGAUGUCAGGAAUAGGUAUAUGUUGACAAAGGGAUCUACUCAGCAGGAGAUACACGAAGACACAGGCGCAUCUGUUAGCACAAAAGGCACCUGGUAUCCCGACAGGAGUAAAGCAACGGAAAAGGACCCUCCAUUAUAUCUUCAUGUCACGGCGCCUUCUCCAGAAGUACUACAAAAGGCUAUUGACCACAUCAAUCAGCUCAUCGCCAUUGAUCUUGGGUCGCUUGUCGAGGAUAAGAAGGAUCGUCUACGAGAGAAGCGAAAAUGGCCAGAAGAAAAACUACCUGUUGGUUUAGAGUCUAUUCGGAACUUUCAUAUUCGUGCAAAGGUUGUGGGUCCUCAGGGUCAAUUUGUCAAAUAUAUACAACAAGAAACGGGCACUCGUGUCCAGGUCAAGGGAAUUGGCUCUGCGUUCCUUGAACCGGAUACAGGCCGAGAGAGCGAUGAGCCCCUUUACAUUCAUAUAACCGGCCCUGAGGAAGGUCAGGUUGCAAGAGCAAAAGUGCUGACCGAAGACUUACUUCUAGUCGUCCGAGCCGAACACGCAAAGAUGGCGGCUAUAGUCCAACAACAACAAAUGGAACUACACCAAGCUCAAAUGCAAUAUGCUGCAUACAGCACUAUGGCGGGCUAUGGUCAACAACCUCCGCCUCCCCCCUCUGGCGCACCCCCGCCGCCUCCCGGUGAUCAACCACCUCCGCCCCCUGGUGGUGCAUCAGGCGACCCUCCGGCACCUGGUACGGAUGCCGCCAGUACUGAAGCAUAUGCGCAAUAUUGGGCUGCGUACGGUUACGAUGUCAACUCGUCGCAGUUUAAAGAAUGGGCGGCCUCUCAGCAACAGCAGUACGGUCAAUAUUAUGCGGGGGGCGAUGCUCAAGGUUACAACCCUGUUGACCCGUCUGCUGGUCCUGCUCCCACCGCCCCUGCUCCUCAAGAGCCUGCUCCGCCUCCGCCACCACCGCCUCAGUGA